UCUGUUAUACUAUUCCAUUGUUUAUUUGGACAAGGUUAUACUAUUCCUUCUCAAAAUAAAGAAAAAAGACAAGGUAUAUACUAUUCCAUUGUUGGCUCCAUAGGUCCCAACUCCCAAGUCAAUUUUCUCAGCUCUGACCAUUCUCUCUACCAAACCCACCAUAUAAAGUCAAUUAUGCACAUAUAGCUCAUGUUCAUUUCUGCCGGCCAUUGAACAAAACUUCCUCACUUCUCUCUAUCUGGGAUUCUAAGAACAACAGAGAUGAAUUUGAUGAUGAUGAAUUAUGAGGUUGACCACCAAAGGAUCAAAACCAAUGGAAUAUGGAUGCAUGUAGCAGAGAAAGGUACAGGUCCUCUUGUUUUGUUGAUUCAUGGCUUCCCAGAAUUCUGGUACGCUUGGCGCCACCAGAUCAACUUCUUGGCUGACAAGGGCUACCACGUUGUGGCUCCUGAUUUGAGAGGCUAUGGUGACUCUGACGCUCCCCUCAGCCCCAGCUCCUACAGCAUGGUGCACAUAGUUGGAGACCUCAUCGGCCUAAUUGAUCAUUUUGGUCAACAAAAGGUUUAUGUAGUAGGACACGACUGGGGAGCAGUUGCUGGGUGGUAUCUGAGUUUGUUCAGACCAGAUAAAGUUAUGGGGCUUGUCACUCUAACUGUUCCAUAUUAUCCAAGGUCUCCGACCACUAAGACUAUCCCAUCAAUCAAACAAGUUUAUGGAGAUGGAUGUCAUGCCAUUCAAUUCCAGGAACCGGGAAGAGCAGAGAGAGCGUUUGCGAGGUAUGACUACACGACAGUGAUGAAGAAGUUCUUGCUUAUAACUGACAAAAUGAUAGCCCCUCCGGACAUGGAGAUCAUUGAUUUUCUGGAGACAAAGUGGUCAUUGCCACCAUGGCUAACAGAAGAGGAUAUCCAGGUGUAUGCUGAAAAAUUUGAGGAAUCUGGCUUCACUGGUGCUUUCAACUACUACCGUGCCAUGGACCUGUACAGGCAUCAUAUGGACAAGGAAUAUGGUCCCAUUAAUACGUAUAUAUCUAAGAUGUGGAUAAGUACCGUGCCAUGGACCUGUAAGUAUGCAAAUAAUAAUCAUUUUUCUGCUUAUUUCUUUUAGGAGGAAGAUGUUAAAACAAAUCAACAAACUUCGUAUGCGUUAGGUACAGGCAUCAUAUGGACAAGGAAUAUGGUCCCAUUAAUACGUAUAUAUCUAAGAUGUGGAUAAGUACUGUGAUGAAAUUUAAGGGCCGACAUAUGAAAUUCAACCCCCAGUUCCUUUUCAUAAUUAAAUGACAACAGAAAGUAUGUUUGUUUUUGAAUAUCUCAUUUUCUUACAUUAUUAAUCGACCACAUACUGUGACAGUUGAUGCAUAAUCAGCAGUUUGUUAUGAAUUAGAUACCAAUAUAGUGCCAGAGAAAAUGUGCAUGAAUCUGGUGGCUGUUGUGA